UAAACCCCCACAAAAUUGGUGGACAUCGGAACUUCAGGGAAAUUGCAAGAAAACAAGAAAAAGUAUGAAAAUAAAAUUGGUAUUUUCUCGUAAAUGCACGAGACUGAACUAUCCCAGUGGUAGAAGCAACCUUCUUGCUCUCAAAGACACCAGUCUUAGCUAGUCUUUAUCUAAACUUUUUAUGGGUGAGGUACGAGCUCAUGAUGGACCAGACCCUAAAAAGGCUAAACUUCUGACAAAUGGACACAAUCACCUUCAACAGAACAAUCUCCUACAGAACAUGAAACCAGACUCAAACAUGCUCGUCUUUGAGGAUAACGAACACCGUGCAGUCACCUUGACCUGUCUCAACACGCUCAGAAAAAGUGGCCAGUUUUGCGAUGUGACCUUGGAAGUCGGACCCCAUGAACUAUUGGCGCAUAAGGCUGUUCUGGCAGCCGCCAGCGGCUACCUUUUGGAUCUGUUUUCGCUCGAGGAGAAUACAAGUCGCACCCACUUCAAACUGAAUCACGUGGAUUUCCGCACAUUUCAUAUACUUGUGGAUUACAUCUACACAUCGCGAUUGGAGGUACCAGUCGAACAUGUGAAAGCUGUCUACAAAUCUGCCAUUCGCCUCAAGAUGCCUCGAGCAGCCCAGGCAUGCUCGGAAUUCUUGGCCCAGAAUCUAAGUCCUGUAAACUGCAUUGGUAUCCGAGCAUGUAGUACGGGUGACCUGAAUACAUCUCUGAUGCGAAACUGUGAUGAAUAUAUUCAUAGAAAUAUCCAUGAGAUUGCCGUUAGUAAGGAGUGUACCGCUCUGCCUCGAAUUCAAGUCGAAAUUGUUGGUGCUGCUAGUCUUCAUCUUGAUGAGACGAAUGAGAAGCAGAUCUAUAGACUGGUGGUGGAUUGGGUGAAGGAUACCGUGAAUGGGGUUGAUGAUCUUGAUGCCAUAACUGAUCAUGUGAAUGUUGUGUACCUCGGCGCCGACUGCAUGCUACACGACUGUGUCAACAUCGAUGACAUCACAGUAAACAGUACAGAGUACGUCCAAGACUACAAGAAACUCAGCAAGAAGCGACAAAUGACACCAAGUAAAUCCAAGGAGAAAUUAAAGGAUCAGCCUUCCUCUUCUAUUGUCGCCAGGAAGUUGCAGCUGGAAGGCGACAUUGAGGAGAUUCCAGUUGAGGAUGAGUGGAAGGUGAUUGCAUCAGAGAAGAGCAUCGAGAAAGACGGCCAUUCCUUUUGUGUCUGUAUCCUUCACAACAAGCUCGUCACCAUCUCCAUCCACAUUCGACCAACUCCCCACAUCACCAAUGGCAACAGUGACGUCAACGGACACACUCUCUCGCCAUGUGGCAGCCCCAAGCUGAAGAGCGUGAAAAACGUUUUCGACCCUGAACGCCAGAUGUCUCUAGUGUUGUUGGCGCCAAUGAGUAAUGGCAGGAGUGGUCUGGGCGUGGCUGUCAUGGAUGAAAAGAUUAUCACUAUGGGUGGUUACGAGCGCGGAGAGUGUUUCCGAUCGGUAGAGCAAUAUGAUCCGAAGAAGAACAAAUGGACAGAGCUCCCAGACAUGCGGGAAAUGCGAGCCAGAUUUGAUGCUGCGGAGCACAAUGGUUGCCUAUACGCUUGUGGAGGGUCGGACGGUUUCACAGAGCUGAGUUCGAUUGAGUAUUUCGAUGGGAAAGUGCAGAUGUGGUCACCCUUGCCCAAUAUGAAGCAGAGUAGGGCUAGCACAGGUAUCGCCAUCUUGAAUGACAAGCUUUACUGUAUAGGUGGCAGUAGUGGUCAAGGCGGGAUGAAAAGCUGCGAGGUGCUCGAUCUGAAAGAAGGAGUCUGGUCCGAGAUUGCCCACACGCGUAGUAGGCGUUCCGAGGCCGGUGUCUGUUGCCUUGCCGAUUGUGUCUAUGCGGUUGGUGGCUGUGAUUCCUGGAAUUGCCUGAACACGGUUGAGCGGUACGACCCUGAUGAGCCUGACCGCUGGACGAUGGUCUCACACAUGAAGAGUUGUCGACGUGGCGCUGGUGUAGCUGCCUUUGAUGACAAAAUCUAUGUUGUUGGUGGCAGUGACGGAAGUUCUGCACAGAACACAGUCGAAAUCUACGAUCCGAAGAAAGACGCCUGGAGCUACGGACCCUCAAUGGGAAUCCCACGUGUCAAUGUCGCUGUUGCUGUUGUUGGAAGACGGUUGUACGCCCUCGGCGGAUUCAACGGGAAAGUCUUCUUGGAUACGAUUGAGUAUCUGGACCUUGAUGUUGGAGAGUGGAGCAGCUAUGUACCAACUGAGUUUGUGUAAGAUUUCAUCAUCAUUCCAUCCUAGGCCCUGCUUUAUUGGUUAAAUCUGUUAUAAAAAGAAUACUGCCUGCUUGGAAUUGUGACCCCAGCUUGUGGCCAAUGGAGGUUGGUGUACAAUUACUUGGAAGAUGAAAAUAUUUUUGGAGGUUCUGUUACACUCGGGCUUCAGUACUAGUCUAUUAUGUCACAUUUCUGAACAAUAACAACAGGUAUGGGUUCUGGAUCGAGUUCAGAUGUUCUGUUGUCUGUCUAUUCACAACCGGCUUUGGCCUCGGAUUAUUAGCGGAACGUACGUGUACUAUAGUAUACUAUUUUACUAUUGUUCAGAGAUUGCAGAAUAGGGACAUUUCACAUCACUGUGUGCAUCCAUAAUUGCAAAUAGGCAGCAUUAUUUUGAGAAGAGGGUGAACUUUAUGAGAUGGAGUUGUUCGAGGCAUUUUUAUGUUAAAUUGUUUAUGGAAUUUGGAAAACUUAAAGUCGCCUUUAUAUUGAAAGCAGGGCCUACCGUCUCAGUUUUGAAGGUUAAAAUUUGAUUUAAACCACUGCAUGAAUAUAAUUCUACUCUUGAGCGUUUCCUUUUGGAAGUGAUGACUCUUUAAUGUGUUGCUAUCUAGCCUUCAGAGUUUAGAAUAAGUCUGGUCAGGAAUAUGUACAUUUAGAGUUUGUGUUUUUGACAUUCUGUAUCAAACCCGGAAGUAUUUGCAAUAAUUUUAUUUCGAGUUUCUUGAACUUUGUGGUACAUUUAAUUUGGUGUUUUCUUCCUCUGUGUUUUAAAUUUUGCCCUUUGCAAACCUCUAAUAACGUAAUUUGAAUAAUUUGGUUAUUGUGCUGCCAUAUACAUGUAUUUUGGCAAUAUCUGUGAACCCGAAAAUAGAAGAGCAUGCAAACAUUUCCGAGUUAGUUGAGUGUUUCUUUUAGGCCUCCGUUUGGUGCGUUGUAUUGUUAUAUUGUUGUUUCUUUUCUUUGUGUGUUCUAAUACAGGGUUUUUGCUUUAAAACUGUACAGUAGUGCAUUUUGAAACCAACUUUUCUUUGAUUGUUUCAUCACUUUUGACUGUCAAGUUGAAGUGUUUGUUUGUCAAGUUUGGAAACAAAUUGGCAUUGAGUGGAGUAAUGAUUUUAGUGGAAGAGCUAGACCACUGUACAUUGCAUUCUUUUUCAGUUGUUUUACAUAAGAAAGGGUAGUUACAUGACAAUAAAAUGAGCAAAUUAUUAUCAUUUAAUCAAGAGAAUCUUGGUCAUCAAAAGGUGUAUACAUCUACAUGGACAUGUAUGACAGAGGCUCCAAGUGGCAUCCCUGCAAAUACGGUACCCAUGUCCUUGAAAGCUACCAAUGAUUUGAGUAUUGAGGUAUACUAGUUAUGCUAUUCCAUGGAGAGAUAAGCCCCAGCUGAUGUUGACUAAGGUGCUCUGACUCGGGAACUUGGCCCGAAUGAUUUGGAGUCAAGGGGAUGUUGGACAACCAGGUUCUUCUGUCAUACAUAUUCCUAUAUAGUCAUUUAUAACAAGUGGAUUCUUAUUGAAUGAAAUCAGGAAUGAUAAUAUUUUGAUGAUCUCUUUUUCAGACCAACAAUUGACUAAAGCAUUUGUAUAAUCAUUGUAAGUAGAGACUGGGGUUAGGAAUUUGAUUUAUAGAUGUUUUGUUCUUGAGAUGUUUUGUUGAUGGUGUUCUUAUUUAUUUUGUCAAGUUCUUUCAAUUGUUAACUUCUUGACUUUUUUGUUACAUUGCUGUGGCAUAGACUGUGAAUUGCUGGAAUAAAUUAUGAAAUGGUUCAGAUAUGUAAUUAUUUUGAUAUCUGAUCCCACUGGCAGCUUAUUUGUAUUCAACAACUAUGCUAGAUGCCACUGGGCAAGAUUAUUCUGUGUCGAGAGAAAAUGCCAAAUUGAUGGUCUAUGGAUGGAAUUUAAUUAUGAACUUUAUCUUGAUUGGUAUAUCCAAGGAAUGACAUCGGUACUGCAGAUUCCUAGCCCCAGUUUAUUGGUACAGGGACUAUAGUACUAUUGUUUUGUUUGAUACCAUAAUAAACAGUGCAUGUAUCAUAUUGUGUGCUAUAAGUCGUACUUCCACCUAUCAAAUCCCCGUGUCUUUUGCGCUUACACCUAUGAAUUGCCGUGUCUAAAUAGACCCGUGUGUCAAAUCCCCGUGUCUAUUAGCCCCAUCGAGCUCGAUGGGGCUAAUUUAGACCUGUAUUCAACACGGGUUUGUUGGUAGGUGGAAUCUGAAUAGCCCCGCGACAGAUGGCGCGGUGUAGUUGCCUCGGUAUUGCGCUCGCGAAAUUCAUCUCCAACGGGAAAGAAACACAGGAGAGCUCCCUACCUACAGCGUACCUGUCGCCGGGGCUAUUAACCAUUAUCUAACACCACUGAUAGGUGUAAGUGCGCCCCGGGUUUUUUGACACACUGCGAAGACACGAGUCUUGAAAAAACACGGGGUUUUAUGAUAGGUGGAACUACAACUAUUUAUUUUGAACGCUUUGUGUAUAAUAAGUGAUUAUCAGAACACUUUCGCUGCAAAUGUGCCUCAAUCCACAACCUGAAUCAAAUUAGUCGCUGAUUGGCUGUAUGCCGAUUACUGACUUGCCCCUCCUACAUUCCCGACUUGUUUUAAUUAAGGUAAGUGGGGUUGUGCAGCAAAAGCGAUGUGUAAAAUACUUGUACAGUAGCCGUUGACUGGUUUAACUGCAAUCACUUGUCAUUUUGUCAUGGCUCGUUUGCUCUGCGCUUUAGGCAACGAGGCUUUACUCCUGUUGGAGUAAGCUCUCUGCAUGCCGAAAAAUGUUGAUGAAAUUAUCUCUUUCUAUAGGAACUAAUGACGACACCUAUAUUGACUAUUGACUAUUAUGACCAUGUAUUUUCGGAAUCUUUCGGAGCUGUUAUAUAUUGACAGAUGCUUGAUGCUGUAUUUUGAUAUACAUGUUGUCUCCAUACUUUUCUAGACCUCGGCGUACAGUGAAUGUUUUACAUGUAUUCCAUGCUGACAUACUGAGUGAUGGUAUAUAUUUUGAUGGCGCACUCAUGUUUUGUGAAAAUAAUUGUCAUAGUGCGCACACGUCUUGUCGAUUGGGUGGUUUAUUUGACAGGCAACUCUUUAUCAUCUUCUCGUUAAAUAGAUAAUUUCUGGCCACAAAAUUGAUAUAUGUUCACCACCAGUAGCACGAAAAACAAGUUUGUUGUGUGAUUGUCAGUUUUGUGAGCAUUCUUAAUUGAGUCGUUGGGCAAAAUUGACAUGCCUAAACGUUAAGGCAGGAAAGGAAAGUUCUUGUGACUGAAAGAUGGUAGACUGCAUGACUUCAGUGAUUAUACAGUCGCAUGCAGGGCCAAAGUUUCAUUGACUUGAGUUAAGAAUUAUUAUUUAGAGCCAGAUGAGCACAACAUGCAUUUGAACCACCUGGUAGGUUGGGUCUCUUUGUCAAAAUCGAUAAGACUAUGAACUUUUUCUGCCGUCUACAUUGGUAUUGCUCACAUUUUGUGAAAUGCAUGGUACCACAUAACUUUAUGACGUGUCAUAUUUUGAAGAUAUAAACAUAUACAUGUACUGUCUAUUUUCACAUCAGUAUUUUGUAUGGAUAGUUUGGACAAGGUUAUGAGGUAACUAUUCCUCCAAGAUAUUGAACUCCGUUCACCGCACUGGAUUUCAAUAUUCAUGUCAAUUUAUUUUUGGGAUGACUGACAGCCUCUCCCUUUGGUGAAGCAGCUGCGUAGGGCUAGAUUUUUCAGCAGAUUUUCUGGGUGAUCUGACAUUAGAAAUGUCUUGUUUGUUUUGCUUUAUAUUAUCUGCAUGCAAAGGGGUUUAGGUGCACAUUUUAUCAAUAUUCAGACAUGAUUAGUCAGUUUCCAAAUGACAAGCUUGUGCUAAAAGAUGUUGCUUGCUAAAAAUUUAACCAGAAUUACAUGAACAUGUGCAGACAAGUUUUUCUGGGACGAGAGUUUGUUUGGAAAUUUCUUAAGACCAAUAUCACAAUGUGAAUGACACUCAGGCAUAAUACCACCGUACAUGUUAAUGUUUUGAUCCUGCUCGAUCUUAAAAUAUUUGAAUAAACUGGAAAGAAAGGGAUUGAGUUUCCUGUGACUGAGGUGCAGGUUUGUGAAGACUUGUUCAAUGAGUCAAUAGAUAGAUAGAUUUGCUAUUGCUGCAGAUUUGGAUCAAAUUGACUUCAAGGAAGAGUAUCUCGAAGUAAUUAUGUUGGUCUGACACUAAUUAAGUAGACUUCCUUUGCAGUGGGCACUGCAGUUAUACACCAGUGUGCACAAUUGUUAAAAUGUCUGUGUACCUAUUCUACUUCAUCCACUAACUGCCCUCUGUACAGAAAUAUGUUAAGCCUUGCAAAAUCAGGAGACACCACUCCUUAAGUUUCACCAGAAUAGCCAACAUUACCAACUUCAGUAACAUGGAGCUAGCACUAGUCUUUAUUAAUUGUUGCUGGCAAGUUUAGCACUGUCUGCUUGUACAAAGUUCUCAUGUUACAAAAAGAAAAAUAGGAAAAUAUGGAGUCUGGUCAACUAUAUUUUGAAUUGGGAAUGAUGCGGAAGCAUAACUGUACAAUACAGGUAUAUGUUUUGCUCCUUUUCUCAAAUUGAAAUGUAGUAUAGUGCAGUUGUUCAAAAGAAUAAAAAACACAUUCAUAAAAAUAAUGCAGGUUUAUUCUUCCAAUUAUGUUAUUUAUAUAUAAACGGUUUUCAAGUAAUUCUGUACUGAUUUAGUUGUGCAUGACUGCGUGUGUUCUCAACUAAUAAAGUCACAAUGAAAUUAAA